UAAGAAAAAGAAAAAAAGAGCUUUAACUUUUGGAAUUGGAAGCACAUCACACACACAAAACACAAAGUCUCUGUUUCACCUUUUAACCCAUUCAAGGAUUUUCCUUUAAUUUCAGUGCCCCCCUCUUACUUUACUCAUUUACUUAUCUAUCUUCUCUCCUCUGUUUCUUCGCCUUCUCUCAGCUUUUCAUCUUUAUCAGAAAGAGUGAAUGGAGCUGUGGACAGAAGCUAGAGCCCUAAAGGCAAGUCUAAGAGGAGAAGCUAUCAAACAUCAAGUGGUUGUGUCUGAGGAACUAAGCCGAACUUCUUCUGCUGAAGAUUUCUCUGUUGAGUGUUUCCUCGAUUUCUCAGAAGAAGUUCAAGAAGAAGAAGAAGAACUUGUCUCUGUUUCUUCAUCACACGAAGAACAAGAACAAGAUUGUUGUAUCUUUAGUUCACAACCUUGCAUCUUUGACCAACUUCCUGCUUUGCCGGUUGAAGAUGUGGAAGAGCUUGAAUGGGUAUCUCGUGUUGUUGAUGAUUGUUCAUCACAAGAAGUCUCACUUCUCUUAACACAAACCCACAACACCAAACCAAGCUUCUCAUCUCGAAUUCCGGUUAAACCAAGAACCAAACGGCCUCGGAACAGCUUAACCGGCGACAGGGUCUGGCCAGUCGUUUCAACUAACCAACAUGCAGCAGGAGAGCAGCAGUGGAAGAAGAAGAAGAAGAAACAAGAACUAGCAGUUGUGUUUCAACGAAGAUGCAGCCAUUGUGGGACAAACACCACACCUCAGUGGAGAACCGGUCCGGUCGGUCCAAAAACCUUAUGUAACGCCUGUGGAGUUCGCUUCAAGUCAGGUAGGCUAUGUCCCGAAUACAGACCGGCGGAUAGUCCGACGUUCUCUAAUGAGAUUCACUCAAACCUUCAUAGGAAGGUUCUGGAAUUGAGAAAGAGUAAAGAGUUGGUUGAAGGAACAGGUGAAGCUAUUACUAAAUCAGACCAAGUCAAAUUCGGCAGCCAAGUGGUAGAGAAGACUUAGGUAAAAUGUAAACCUACUUUUUUAGCAUUAUCUCUAGUGUUGUGUAAUUUAACAACUUGCUUCAUUACAUUGGAAGCUGUUUUGGAACUAGUUUAUAAAAAAUGUUUUCUCUACAAAACAAGAUUAUGUAAUUUUUAAUGAUGUGAGAGACUACCACCACUACUA